AUGGACUGCUCGAUCCAACAAUUUGGAGGUUGUUUUCAACACCUUGCCUGCUAUCAUAUCGAUGCUAAAGCAAUGUCUGAAGAGGGCGAAUUAGCUGCAGAUGGAUUGCCCAUAUGUAUGCAAAAGCUCAAGUUCAUUGCUUUGUGUAUUGUAUUGAAGAAGUGUUUUGCUCUAAGUAGAUCGGUCUCAGAAUAUAUUCAGCACGAAAACAUGGACUUGGUUUCAGUGGUGUCAGGUGUGCAAUCUCUGAAAGAUUUUUUGUCCUCUUUUCUAAACGAGGAAAAGAUGAAUCAGUUUCUGAAGGAGGCACAGAAAUAUUGUACGGACCAAGGAUUGGUUGUGGACAACUUCGAUCAGGUGGAUCAGCAACAUCCAAACAGACCAAAGCAUUGGCGCACAAUUCCUUCCUAUUUCAUCAAUGGUACAUUCUGUUUAGACCAAGACUACAGAGCAAUGCAAGAAAAAAUACCUGGUAAUGACAGCCCAAGAGAUCUCGUUAAGUGA